AUGGCUCUUCGUGAGAACCGCAAGAGGAAAGAUCUCCAGGUACCUGAUGAGACGUCUGACUCAGAGUUUGAUGAUGGCAUGCUGGACGGAGUCUUGUCACAGAGCGACGAUGAGUCGAGGGACGAAAGCACCGACUUGGAAGACUUCGACUCAGAACCGGAUGAAAGCCAAAGCGAUGUCGAAGGCGACUCUGUCGACAACGACCUUAGGCUAGAUGAUGCAGAAACGGUCGACGCUGUUCUCGACUCGGAAGUGAAAGGAGAAGGUCGUCAAACCCUUCCUCUCUACCAAUUCAGGAUCAAAGCCAACAACGGGGAGCACUCGGAGUAUGAUGAGAUCGACCCCGUCUAUGAUAGCGACGAUACGGACGCCCAAGGGCCAGCAAACACCAUCGGUAACGUUCCACUGUCCUUCUACGACUCCUACCCACACAUUGGCUAUGACAUCAAUGGGAAGAAGAUCAUGCGCCCUGCCACGGGGGAGGCCCUCGAUGCUUUGUUGGACAGUAUAGAACUUCCGAAGGGUUGGACUGGCUUGAUGGAUCCCGAGACAGGCAAGCCGUUGAAUCUCAGCCAGGAUGAGCUGGAACUCCUUCGCCGACUGCAGCUGGGCGAGGUUCCUGAAGAAGGCUAUGACCCUUACCCGGACCUGAUCCCAUAUUUCACCAGCAUCGAAGAGAAAAUGCCUCUCAGCGCGGCUCCUGAACCAAAAAGAAGAUUCAUCCCUUCCAAGCACGAAGCUAAGCGAGUUGCCCAGCUCGUUCGGGCCAUCAAAGACGGUCGUGUUCUCCCCUAUAAGCCGCAUGAUGCCAAAGCGAAAGAUGAGGAGGGUGAGGAAGGAGAGUUACAUUAUGACAUCUGGGCCAACGAGGAGUCCAGAGACCACCACGUCAUGAACAUACCCGCUCCCAAGCUGCCUCCCCCCGGACACGAUUCAAGCUACAACCCACCACAGGAAUAUCUGCCCACUGCCGAGGAGAGAAAGGCUUGGGAAGGCACGGAUCCUGAGGAAAGAGAAAAGGAGUACCUUCCCGCCAGAUUUGACGCCUUGCGAAAAGUUCCCGCUUAUGCCCAGUUAGUCAAGGAACGGUUCGAGAGGUGUCUGGACCUUUACUUGGCGCCAAGGGUUCGCAAGAACAGGCUGAAUAUCGAUCCCAACUCACUGCUCCCUAAACUCCCGCGAUCAGAAGAGCUUAAACCUUUUCCGACCAUGUGCCAAGCCAUCUUCAAGGGCCAUGAAGGCCGUGUGCGGUCGGUGGCCUUGAGUCCAGACGGCGAGUGGCUUGCAUCGGGUGGUGACGAUGGUACAGUGCGCCUCUGGGCUAUCAAUGGCCACCAAGAGUGGAUAGCCAGGCUGAGUUCCGAGGACGCGGUCGACUGUAUUCGAUGGCGUCCAAGCAGAGAAACCUUUAUUAUUGCUGCGGCAGCAGGGGAGAGCUUGUUCUUCAUGGUGCCCCCCGUCUGCGGCGAUACCAUGGAGCAGGCGAGCCGGGCGGUUCUUGAUACGGGAUUUGGGUACGCGGCAUCCUUCGGAGCCGGUUCCGGAGUCGACAGCAGGGCCAGGGAGUCUUCUGCAAAAUGGUCAAGGCCUGGGUCCAAGCUCGAGGACGCGGGCGUCUUGCUCCAGGCUACUGUCAAGGCAGCUGUCAAGACGCUGAACUGGCACAGGCGUGGCGACUUCCUCUGUUCCGUCUCCACAGCGGGAGAAAGAAGCUCCGUGGCCAUUCACACUCUCUCGAGACAUUUGAGCCAGAUUCCCUUUCGUCGACUGCCUGGCCUUGCGCAAACCGCUCAGUUCCAUCCCUCGCGACCCUUGUUUUUCGUUGCGACACAGAGAAUGAUCCGGUGCUACGAUCUUCGGAGGCAGGAACUUGUGAAAGUAGUGCAACCCGGAGCCCGGUGGAUCUCCUCAUUUGAUAUACAUCCUGGGGGCGAUAAUCUCAUAGUGGGUUCAUACGAUCGCAGGCUGCUGUGGCAUGAUUUGGAUCUCUCGAGCCGGCCAUACAAGACGAUGAGAUUUCACAGCGAAGCUAUUCGCGCAGUCAAGUAUCACCGUAACCUGCCGCUGUUUGCAGAUGCUAGUGACGAUGGGUCUCUUCAGAUCUUUCACGGCAAGGUUGUUAGCGAUCUGAUGGAGAACUCGACCAUUGUUCCGGUCAAGAUGCUCAAGGGCCAUGUAGUCGUUAGUAAGCUGGGCGUCAUCGAUAUUGACUGGCACCCACGACAUCCGUGGUGCUUAAGUGCUGGAGCAGAUGGCACUUGUAGAUUAUGGACGUGA